UUUUUUCCUUUUCUUGUUGCAAUUCAUCUUCAGUUUAUAGGAGAUUAAGAGUGAACGACCUUCAAUUUCUUCCCAUUGGAGCGUGUGGGCGAAUUGAAUGGAGAGACGUUGGAGAAGAUAUGCGUUGAAUGCUUCGCCGGUCGAACAUGGAGCGUUUACUUCGCAGUUGCCAUGAAGAAGAAGUUGCGUUUCUUUUUUUUUUUUCUUUCUUGUGCGAAUCAGGAGAGCAAUGGAUGGGCCAAUUAACUUGUUUUGAUGAUGGGUUUGGGCUCUGGCCCAAAUUCAAUCUCCUUUUUCCAAACUUGAAUUGCAAUUUGGUCUUUUGCUACACUUUUCACCAAAAAAUAAGAUAUCUGAUAAUUUUGGGUUAGGAAAAAUAAAAAUAAUAGAAUGUAAAAAAAAUGAUUAAAAAAACUACUAUUUAUGAAAGAAAAUAAAAGAUUGUAAGAAUUGGAAUAAAAAUAAAACAAAGCUAAACAAAUGAAAAUUAAACAAUAAAAAUACUAAAAAUGCCAAAAAGAGAAUUAAAAAUAUUAACCCAAACCCGAGUUAUCAAAUACCGCCACACUUAAGAGUUGAACGUCCUCGUUCAAGGGCCAAAAAGUGUACAUUAUUUCUUUUUAUCAUCAUCAGGAAAAAACAAAGUAAACUUUAAACCCCCAGACUUAAGACUUUAUGCUCAUAUAAAUUUUAAAAACAAAGUGAGCUAGAAAUCCUACAAGGAUGGUGAAUUAAGGUGUGGAUUUUUGGGUUCUAACAAAUGCUCUAAAGCUGCUACAAAAAAGUUUCCUAGCGGAAUCCUAUGGCUUAGAACGGCUCAAUAGCAGCGGUAGCAAGGUUCAUCAAGAAGCCUAAAAAUAUAAAAAUCACUCAAUUUUCUAAAAAUAAAAGGCUCCUAAAACUGGUUUCUCUCUGUUUUGUUUUCAGAUUUUAAUAUCAAGCAAUGGUUGAUUAGGCAGCAUCUAGAUAGUAUGUGGAUGGCCAGUUCUAGAAAACAAAAUUCUAUGGGAUUCCUAGAAGGAUUUCAAACAUUUUAAAGGUCAUUUUUUACCAAGAAAAGAGCAUAAGACUCAAUGCGGGUUUAUAAAGUAUACACUUGCCAUCUUUCAGAAUAAAGUCCCAAGAAAAACAAAGAGGUUUUUGGGUCAAUUUUGAAAACAAUGCUCUAUAUAAGGAGAUAUGCAACUAAGAAUGACAAAAAUAUUUAGACCCAAAACCUAUUUUUUUUUUGGAAAAAAAUUUUGCCCCAAAAGUUUUUUUUUAAGCAUUUAAGCAAUGACACAAGCAUGAGCAACUCCCCCCACACUUAAAAUAUGCAUAGUCCCCAAUGCAUCUAUAUGGUAUGCAAAUGGCAAUAUUAAGCAAGCACGGACUUAGCAAAGAGAGAAGGGGAAAGGGAAAUGCAACAAAAAGAACAAAGUAUACGCAACAUCAACUCAUCACUUUUCCUUCCUUAAAGUGCUCGAUGGACCCAAAAUCUGCAAAAACAUGGCUAAGACCAAGUCUUUUUAGCUUUGAAGAGAUAAAAAUCAGAUUUAAAGAAUGUAGAUUUUAAGCUUCAAAUUUGGUUCUGGAAACCAAUUCUUGUGCCUUUUUGCACUUUUCAAAACAAAAUGCUGCAUAUGAGAAGGUUAGUUAUGUCAUGCACAUGCAAAGCAGCUCAUAUACAUCUAAUAACAUCAUAAUUCAGCACAUAUGCAUCUGGUGAACUCAAAAAUCAGAUUGAACACCAAGAAAAGAUUGCAGAUUUUUUCCUAUUUCAGCACGUACAAGCUGUAAAAAGUGUAAAAUUUGCAUUUUGCACUCAAAAAAAUCAGCUUACAAGUCCAAAAAUAACUUUUCAAAGUGCAGAAUUUUUCCUUAGUAUCCAAAAAUCAGCUGUAAACAAUGCACAUGUCUCAAUUUUCAGCUUAAGUAUCACCAUAUUAUAACACCCGAGAGGUUAGAUUUUCAACAAAGCAACCAUUAGGUACUUGAGACAGUAGGUCUAAGACAAAAUUCUGCAGAUACUAUGCAGAUAUUAACCAUAUAAGCUCAAGAAUCAGAUUUGAAUGGGAUAGGCCAUUCACUUGUGCAGAAAAGAGUAUGACUUUAUAGUUCAACUUCUCAUUGUGCAAAUUGUAAUAUCAAAAACCAAACUUUGAACACAAAAAGGUAAGGAAAUUAAAGCCCAGACCUGAGAUACUGAUUUG